GUCUGACUUAGUAGUCAUUUGCAUCUUGUACCAUUGUGACGUCUUCGAUUGUCUACCACACACUUUGCAUAUUACAUACAUAAUUAAUUUAAAUUUCCUCUGCCAACUAUGGAUAUACAUCCUGGCGACACCAUUUUAACAAAUAAACAUUCCGAAUUUCGAAACCCAUUUUGGCUUGUGCUUCUUACCCUUGCAAUUGUACUUGCUUGUAUGUUAGAUUAUGUCACGACAAGAUUGACAAAGAAGGCAAAAUUAGCCAACAAAAUUCCAGGAGCCCCUUUGACAUACGUGCCAUUCAUUGGGAAUGUGGGAUAUUUUGUGUUUCGUACAAAUUUGAAGGAAGCCAUAACAGAUUAUUUGGAAAAAUAUGGUCGGGUUUGUAGACUUUGGAAGUUUGGAUUACCUAUAAUUUUUAUUGGGGAGGGGAAAGCAGCAGAGACCCUUCUGCAUAACGCAGACCUUUAUGAAAAAGGUGAUGACAAUUGGGCAGUGAAAGAAUUUCUUGGAAAUGGGUUGGUAACUGGGAGUGGUUUGAAAGUACGACAUGAACGGAAACUCCUUAAUCCUGGAUUUAAUCGUCAAUUGUUUGAUGGAUUUCUCGACGUCUUCAAUAAAGAAUCUAGAAAACUUUUGGAAAUUCUGGACAACAAGUUUAAAAAUUUGCAACAAACAUCCCACAUGAACAUCCAUCCUGACAUUCUUCGGUGUUCUUUGGAGAUUGUUUUCCAAACUUCUCUUGGCAAAGAAAUGCACAUCCAGAACGAAGGAGAAACCAAAGGAUUUGUAGAAGCAUUUGCAAUUGGUAGCAGAGGAAUGCACCUUCGAUUCUUUAAACCAUGGAUGACGCUCCCAAUCAUAAUUGACAUCCUAGGAAUUAGGAAGGAGGAGGAAGAAUGCAUGAAAUUUAUUCGCACCGCUAUUCUCGGGGCGCUGUAUGAUCGACGUGACGCACGUCAAAAUGGAACAGUCAUUAGUUCAGAGGGCAAAACAAAACCUUUCAUUGAUGUUCUUUUGGAUGUUGCUGGAGACAACUUUAGCGAGCAGGAUUUUUUUGACCAUUUAAUAAGCAUCGUUGGAGCAGGUUCAGACACGAUAUCGAAUGCAAUAAACUUUUCCCUGUUUUUGAUGGCAAAUUAUCCCGAGUAUCAAAAGCGAGUUCAUGAAGAAAUUGAUGCCGUUUUUUGGGGAGAAAUGGAUCGAGAUGUGACAAUGGCAGACUUGGCAGAGUUGCGAUAUUUGGAAAUGUGUCUCAAGGAAUCGCUCAGAAUUUACCCUCCAAUUCCCCUAAUGUCACGAAAGAUGUUGUUUAAUGUCAAGUUAGAGAAUGGCUUAACUUUGCCGAAAGGGAGUGAUGCAGUCUUUCUCAUUUAUGAUGUUCAUCGUGACCCAGCUAUUUUUCCAGACCCCGAAGUUUAUGACCCUGAACGUUUUGCACCAGACGCUGCAGCGAGUAGGAGCCAAGGGUGCUUUAUUCCAUUUGGAACAGGUCUAAGGAACUGCAUUGGGCAAAAAUUUGCACUCAUGGAAGCCCGAGUGGUAUUAGCUCAUCUACUCCGUCAUUUUGAAGUAUCGUCUCCACAGCGUCAAACUGACAUCAAAUUCCUCUAUGGCGUUCCAGUUGAACCGCAUCCUUCAAUCAAACUCCAUCUUAAAAGAAGGUCCGCUCAAGCAGCGAAUAAGGAAGAGUAAAAAUGUUGCCAACCUAAACGAUGAUGUAUGCACGUCAUGCGUCUAUCUAUUAUACAUAUUCUUACUUAUAGUUAGAAAUAAAGUAAUAAAUUUGACAGUUUUAUAUAUUUACGAAAUAUGUAA